AUGUCUUCUUCAGGAAAAGAUAUAAUCGAAGCCAUCGAUGAAGUAAUCAGGAUGAUUGAUUCACCAGAGUCUUUAUUUUCCACCGUCAGUUCAAAUGAAACAUUAGUCGACUUUCCAAAAUCAAUUGAUUCAAGUUUUGGAAAUAAAGAACAAUCAUCAUCAUCAUCAAAAGUUCCAAAAAUAACUUUAGAAUAUAUUGACGAAGAAAAAAUUUCAGAUUUUCUUCCUGGUUCUUCUUCUUCGGUGCUUAAAAACAGCAAUAAAAUAAUAGAUGAUAGUAGACCAUUUAGUACUUCAGUUAAUACUAGUUUUGAUCCAGAUGAUAUUCCACCAAUCUACACUGAUAGAAAAAAAUCCAUUUACAAACCUGUACAAAAACCACCAAUGACAAUAACCAAAACUUCUAUACUCCAUAUUUUUCGUUUUGCAACACGAUUGGAUCACUUGAUCAUGACUUUUGGCAUUUUUUUCAGUAUCAUAAAUGGUCUAGUAAUACCAUUCAUGACCUAUUUACUAGGUGGCUUAUUCAAUGUAUUCACAGAAAUAGAACAAGGUAGUAUAAGUGAAGAUGAAUUCAAACAACGCGUCAAUAUUCUAGUGUUAGAUUUUGUUGAAUUGGGUAUAGGUGCUUUCGGCAUCACAGCUAUAAACACUUUCUUAUGGAUGUGGACUGCUGAAAGACAAGCUAGACGCAUGAAACUAGAAUAUUUUAAUUCAUUGCUAGAAAUGCCAAUAAGUUAUUUUGAAAGAGAAGAAGUCACUUCAGGUGGUUUAUUGGCUGGUGUUAAUAAAGAUACCGAAGAUGUGCAUAUUGUGAUUGCCACAAACCUUGGACUUAUAAUUUGCUACAUAGUAACCUUCAUUGCAUGUCUUGCCUUGGCAUUUAGUAAGCAUGUGGUCUUGACAUUUGUCAUCUUGGCUUCGAUGCCUCUAGUUUUUCUGGUUUUAGCAUUGACAUCUCGUGCAGCUUCUCCUUUAAUCAAGCAAGAACGUGACAUUUUUGUAUUGGCUGGCGAAAUAAUAGAAAGUUCUUUGUCAAAUAUAAAAACAAUUAGAUCAUUUAAUGGUGAAGAAAAGCAAGAAAAGAAACAUGAAGUUUGUAUCAAAGAAGCGAAUAAAGUAUCAUCAAAUCUUGCUUGGAUAUAUGCCCUAAGAACUGGAUUAAUACAAUUUCUGUUACUGUCUUUGUUUGUCCAAGGUUUUUGGUACGGUUCAAUUUUAGUGGCUGAUGGCAAUCUUACACCAGGUGACGUCUUGUCAGUUUUCUACGCUACACUUUUGGGUGCCAAUAUGCUGAAAAGUGUAUUACCUCUUUUGGUCUCUAUUACAAAAGCAAAGAAUGGUAUACGUUCAAUAAACAAUUUAUUGGAAAAGGUGGCUUUAAAAAGAUUAGAAGCUCUUAGAGGUUUUUCCUUGCCAUCAAUUAAGGGUGACAUAGAAUUCUAUCAGGUCAGUUUCUCAUAUCCAAGUCGGCCAGAAUCAGUAGUUCUGAAAAAUAUAGAUAUAGUCAUCCCAUCUGGCAAAACAACAGUACUAGUAGGACAAAGUGGAUCUGGCAAAUCAACAAUAGCUCAAUUAAUUCAAAAACUUUAUGAGCCAGACGAAGGAACAAUUAUGUUGGAUGGACGUGAAUUGAAAAUUGUAAAUGUUGAUUGGUUAAGAAGUAAGAUUGGAGUGGUUAGUCAAGAGCCGGUUCUCUUUGACGAAACUAUUUUCAAAAAUGUUGCUUAUGGUAGAUCUGACUAUGAAGAUGUUACUAUGGAUGAAGUGAUUAAUGCUUGCAAAUUGGCUUGUAUUCAUGACGAGAUUAUGGAACUUGCGGAAGGUUAUGACACAGUCGUUGGUGAUAAAGCCGGAAAGCUUUCUGGUGGUCAACGCCAAAGAAUAGCUAUAGCUCGUGCCUUGAUUAAAGAUCCCGCAAUCCUAAUUCUUGAUGAGGCAUCCAGUGCCCUUGAUAUGACAUCGGAUAUGUUAGUUCAACAAGCUCUUGAAAAUUCUAGUAAUGGCAGAACUACAAUAGUGAUAACUCAUCAAUUGAAACAUAUUAGAGAAGAUGACCUGGUAUAUGUACUUCAUGAUGGUGAAGUUGUAGAAAAGGGAUUGGUAGCUGAUCUUCUUGAGAUCAAAGAUAGUUAUUAUAGUAAAUUAUUAAAAGAAUCCUACAAAAAUCCACAUCCAAAACGAAGAACCCACGAAUUUCCAACCAAACUCACCACCCCUGGUAACAAUUUAUUACAUAGAUCAUUAAGUGUUGGAGUUCAAGUUGGUUGGAGAAAGUCGGUGUACGAGGAUUAUUUCGAGUCAAGUGCUAUGGAUGUUUUACAAGGUACAGCUACAGCCGCAAUAACUAAAAGAUAUGAGAAUAGGGUUUCGUAUUUUGACCUUUUAAGUUAUUAUGAUUAUGUUGAUGAUGGUGGUAUAAUAGACGUGAUUGUCACGAAUGCAAUCGGUGAUGCACCAAAAGACAAUGUAAAAAUGAAAUUUUUCCAGCUCAUGAAAUUAACAAUGAAUAAUAAAACUUUAUAUGCCUUUGGUCUGAUUGCAUGUAUUAUCAAUGGACUUGUAAUGCCAGUAUUUUCAUUUGUUCUUGCUAAAUUGCUGGCUACAUAUUCAAUUAGCGACAGUGAGCAAUUAAUUGCUAAUUCAAGAAACCUUGCACUAACUGUGUUGGCAAUAGCUGCUAUAAAUGGUGGAUCAGCUCAUUUUAAAUAUUUUUUACUCGAGAGAGCCUCAGAAGAUUGGGCGGUUCGUUUAAGGCAUUUAGGAUUUGGAACAAUUCUUAGACAAUCUCAAUCAUGGUUUGAUAAGCCGGAAAAUGUAACAGGAAAACUUACCACAAUUUUAACUACUGAUACCGAAGCAACUAAGAACCUAAUUGGACAUUUUGCAGGAAGUAUUGUUUAUGGUACUGUGACACUUGUUGGUGGUAUGAUAUGGUCAAUAAUAGUUGGUUGGCAAUUGACAUUGGUUGGAUUUGGAUUUGUACCAAUUUUGUUACUAGGAUCAGAAAUUCAAGUCUAUGUUCUACAAAAAUAUGAACGUAUGCAAAAAAGUUCAUACGAAAAUGCUUCUAAUGUUUUCUAUCAAACAAUCUCUAGUGUAAGAACAGUAUUUUGUCUUGCGGUUGAAAAGGCCAUGUUGCUUAAAUUUCACGAUUCACUUCGUAGGCCUUAUAUAAUUGGUAUACGUAAAGCAGUUAUAUCAGCAUUGACAGCAGGUUUUAUCGAAGGCCUAUCCUACUUGACUAAAGCUGUGACAUUUUGGUAUGGUGCACAGCUUGUUGCCAAUGGAACUUAUAAUCUUAGUACAAUGCUCACAGUAUGGACGUUAGUUGUUUUUUGUACAUCAUCAGCAACACAAAUGCUUGCAACCAUCCCUUAUUAUGCUAAAAGUAAACAAGCAGCUAAAUCCAUAUCAAAAAUAAUUAAUUUGCCAACUCUACCCACCACAACUGGAAAAAUACUUGAGUCAUUACAAGGAACCAUUGUCUUCAAAGAUGUGUACUUUUCCUAUCCUGAAAGACCGAAUAGUAGGGUUCUUAGCGGUUUAGAUUUAACAUUGCAACAAGGUCAAUCAGUUGCUUUAGUUGGUAAGAGUGGAAAUGGUAAAUCAACAGUUGCUGCACUUUUACAAAGACUUUACGAACCAGAUUCCGGACAAAUUUUACUCGAUUACACAAACAUCAAAGAACUUCAAAUGUACUGGCUACGUGACAUAAUAGGUGUUGUAUCACAAGAACCGGUACUGUUUGAAGCGACUGUAGCUGAAAAUAUUGCAUAUGGUAAAGAGGAUGCAACUGCAGAAGAAAUUGAGCAGGUAGCAAGACAAGUUAAUAUGCAUGAAUAUAUACUCGGACUUCCAAAAGGGUACUUGACAAAAAUAGGAUCUAGUGGAUCGCAAUUGUCCGGUGGCCAAAAACAACGGAUUGCCAUAGCAAGAACAUUAUUGAAGAAUCCGAAAAUUCUAAUAUUAGACGAAGCCACAAGUGCACUAGACGCUACAAAUGAAGCAAUAGUUCAAGAAACAUUGAGCCAAGUACAGAAAGGACGAACUACAUUAGUGAUAACACAUCGAUUAACUGCAGUUAAAAGCCUGGAUAGAAUUGCGUACAUAGAGGAUGGAAGAAUUGUUGAAACCGGAACUCAUAAAGAAUUGAUGUCUCUAAAAGGAAGAUAUUUUGAUUUAGUUAGAAGUGAUAAUAUAUAA